AUGGCCAAAUCUACAACAAGACCUAAAUUACUCUUACUAUUCUUCACAUUAAUCUUUGCAGCAUAUGUUUUACAAGGAUCCAGAACCCAAGUAGCAGCACUUCCACACCAGCAAAGGGUCUAUGAUUCUUCUCCACCACAAGAAGAACAACAACUUAAGCAGAGCAGGAAGGAAACCAUGAACUACGCAAGGAGAUUGAUGAUUGGAUCCACAGCACCAACAUGCACUUUUAAUGAGUGCAGAGGGUGCAAGUUCAAGUGCAGAGCAGAGCAAGUGCCAGUGGAGGGAAACGACCCAAUUAAUAGUGCCUACCACUACAGAUGUGUGUGCCAUAGGUAA